UGGAGGAGCUCAACGUUAAAGGCUCCUGCUAAGAAUCAGUGAGUUUCAUUUUGCUGUUCCUGGGGGGGGCGGGUUGCAGUGGCCUCGUCUGAGAGGGUUGAGCCCCGGUCCAGCCCCAGGCAGGGAGCGCACCUCUCACCAUGCCGGACUGCUGCAGCUGCAGGGAUGUGUUCCAGUAUGAGACAAACAAAGUCACUCGGAUCCAGAGCAUGAAUUAUGGCACCAUUAAAUGGGUCUUCCACGUGAUCGUCUUUUCCUAUGCUAGCUUUGCUUUGGUGAGUGACAAGCUGUACCAGCAGAAAGAGCCUGUCAUCAGUUCUGUGCACACCAAGGUCAAAGGGAUAGCGGAGGUGAAAGAGGAGAUCGUGGAGAAUGGAGUGAAGAAGUCGGUGCAGCACGUCUUUGACACUGCGGAUUAUACCUUCCCUUUGCAGGGGAACUCCUUCUUUGUGAUGACAAACUUUCUCAAGACAGAAGGCCAAGAGCAGCGGUUGUGUCCUGAGUAUCCCACCCGCAGGACGCUCUGUUCCUCUGACCGGGGCUGUAAAAAGGGAUGGAUGGACCCAAAGAGCAAAGGAAUCCAGACCGGAAGGUGUAUAGUAUAUAAAGGGAACCAGAAGACCUGCGAAGUCGCUGCCUGGUGUCCCAUUGAGGCAGUAGAGGAGGCCCCCCGACCUGCACUCUUGAACAGCGCUGAAAACUUCACCGUGCUCAUCAAGAACAAUAUUGACUUCCCUGGCCAUAACUACACCACGAGAAACAUCUUGCAUGGUUUAAACAUUACUUGUACCUUUCACAAGACGCAGAAUCCACAGUGUCCCAUUUUCCGACUAGGAGAUAUCUUCCGAGAAACAGGAGAUAAUUUUUCAGAGGUGGCAAUUCAGGGUGGAAUAAUGGGCAUUGAGAUCUACUGGGACUGUGACUUGGACAGUUGGUUCCACCACUGCCGUCCCAAAUACAGUUUCCGUCGCCUGGACGACAAGACCACCAAUGAGUCCUUGUACCCUGGCUACAACUUCAGAUAUGCCAAGUACUAUAAGGAAAACAAUGUCGAAAAACGGACUCUGAUAAAAGUCUUUGGGAUCCGUUUUGACAUCCUGGUAUUUGGAACUGGAGGAAAAUUUGACAUUAUCCGACUGAUCGUGUACAUUGGCUCUACCCUUUCCUACUUUGGUUUGGCCACUGUGUUCAUUGACUUUCUCAUCAACACGUACUCCAGUAGCUGCUGUCGAUCCCAUGUUUAUCCCUGUUGCAAGUGCUGUGAACCCUGCGUGGUCAAUGAAUACUACUACAGGAAGAAGUGUGAGUCCAUUGUGGAGCCAAAGCCGACAUUAAAGUAUGUAUCCUUUGUGGAUGAAUCCCACAUUAGGAUGGUGGACCAGCAGCUACUUGGGAAAAGUCUGCAAGAUGUCAAGGGCCAAGAAGUCCCAAGACCCCCACUGGACUUCACGGACUUGUCCAAGCUCCCCCUGACUCUCCACGACCCACCCUCCAUUCCUAGAGAACCAGAGGAGAUGCAGCUGCUUAAUGAACAGGCGACUCCUAGAUCCAGGGACAGCCCGGAGUGGUGCCAGUGUGGAAGUUGCCUCCCGUCCCAACUCCCCGAGAGCCACAGGUGCCUGGAGGAGCUAUGCUGCCGGAAAAAGCCAGGGGUUUGCAUCACCACCUCACAGCCAUUCAGGAAGCUCGUCCUGUCCAGACAUGUCCUGCAGUUCCUCCUGCUCUACCAGGAGCCCUUGUUGGAGCUAGAGGAGGAUCCCACCAAUAGCCGGCUGAGGCACUGUGCCUACAGGUGCUAUACCACCUGGCGCUUCGGCUCCCAGGACAUGGCUGAUUUUGCCAUCCUACCCAGCUGCUGCCGCUGGAGGAUUCGGAAGGAGUUUCCCAAGAGCAAAGGGAAGUACAGUGGCUUCAAGAGUCCCUACUGACAGCAUGGGGCUGCAGCAGGCAUAUUAGGGUUACAUUUGCCAUCACCUUGAACUUCACUUGCAAAGAUCUGUGGCCAAAUUUUCAGCCACAGGAAAAUGUGCUUUCAUCUCAUAUAGCUCUAUAUGUGUCUGAGAGCAGAGUGACCUGGUUAAACAAACAAACCAGAAUUCCUUUGCAUGGACUGACAGUGAAGAGAUUCAGAUAUAAGUCUCAAUUCUGUCCCUAGGAAGUUGUGUAACCCUAGGCCUUUAACCUUUGUACCUCUGUCUCUUCAUUACCCAACCUAUCAUCUCAGAGAUAUUGUAAGGACAAACUGAGACAGUAAUCAUGCACUGUCUUGUUAAAGUGUAAAGAGCUACAUGGAUGCAAAACAUCUCAGUAUAGGUCAGACUAGGAUAAUGUCCAACUGAGGACAAAUCCUUUGGUCCUGGCUGGAGAAUGUGAAAGAUUAAAAGUGGCCACAAAUUAUUUGACACUCAUCCCUCAAGACCCAAGGGUUUUAUUUCCUUCCCUUAAGUAUGGGCAGCUCUGGCUGUUCUGCCCAAUAGUGGAAAUGAUGCUGUGUCAGUGGCAGGAUCUUUGUUUUAAGAGGCUGGCAGCGUCCACUUCCUGUGCCUUGGAACUCUUGCUGUUGGGGAAAACAUCCCCCGUGUAAAAGUCUGCCUAUCCUGAGACCGCCCUGCUGUGAGGAAGCUCAAGCAGCCAUGUGGAGAGGAGAGUGUCUGACCAGCCAGCCCCAGCUUUCAAGCCACCCAAGCCUAGUCACCCAACAUGGGCGAGAAGUCUUCAGGUAAUUCUGGGCCCUACUAACAUAUGACUGAAACUGCAUGAGACACACCAAGUGAGAACUGUCCUGUCAAUUCAGAAAGCCAAAUUGCUGACUUAAGUCACUAAACUUUGAGGUUGUUUGUUACACAGCAACAGAUAACUGGGACAAAGAACAAGCCUUAUGAAUGGGGACAUAGACUCAGCCCACACCUUCCCUGGUUUCAAGGUUCUUUGGGAGCCCAGACCCAUGUUGGAGCCCCUCAGGAACUUAGGUUUCUACUAGAUAGUUCUAGAAGGGCUGCAGACCAAAUCAGGUAACUCACCAAACCAGACCAAA